CCGGACGCGCGCCGGUGCCGCCCGGGCGGCCGCGGACAUGUGCAGGAUGUCCUUCAAGAAGGAAACUCCACUUGCCAACGCCGCAUUCUGGGCAGCAAGGAGAGGAAACCUGGCGCUGCUCAGGCUGUUGCUGAACAGUGGUCGGGUGGAUGUGGACUGCAGGGACAGUAAUGGCACCACACUCCUCAUGGUAGCCUCCUAUGCUGGUCACAUAGACUGUGUGAGGGAACUCGUUCUGCAAGGAGCAGACAUAAAUCUCCAGAGAGAGUCAGGUACAACUGCUCUCUUCUUCGCUGCCCAACAAGGCCAUAAUGAUGUUGUGAGAUUUCUCUUUGAAUUUGGGGCAUCUACUGAAUUUAGAACCAAAGACGGCGGCACCGCCCUGUUGGCUGCCAGUCAGUACGGGCACAUGCGGGUGGUAGAAACCUUGCUGAAGCACGGGGCCAACAUCCACGACCAACUUUAUGAUGGAGCCACUGCCCUCUUCCUAGCUGCCCAAGGUGGUUACUUGGAUGUUAUUCGCUUAUUACUGUCUUCAGGAGCAAAAGUCAACCAGCCAAGGCAGGACGGGACGGCGCCGCUGUGGAUCGCGUCCCAGAUGGGCCACAGCGAGGUGGUGCGGGUGAUGCUGCUGCGCGGAGCCGACCGCGACGCCGCCCGGAAUGAUGGGACCACAGCAUUACUGAAAGCAGCCAACAAAGGAUAUCAUGAUGUUAUAGAGGAAUUGCUGAAAUUUUCACCUACUCUUGGUAUUUUGAAGAACGGGACAUCAGCGCUCCACGCGGCAGUGCUCAGCGGUAACAUUAAAACAGUGGCCCUGCUCCUGGAAGCUGGGGCAGACCCAGCCCUGAGAAACAAGGCCAAUGAACUUCCAGCAGAAUUAACUAAAAAUGAACGUAUAUUGCGUCUACUCCGAACUAAAGAAGGUCACAGGAAGAGCUAACUUGCCUGGGUAUUUGAAAGAUAGACACCUUAAUCACAUUGUCCAAAAAAGAAAUUGCUUUUCAAAUAGUGUUGGAAAUUUUUUUAAGAGAGAAAAUGCCCAGAAUGCACUCCUUGGGUCUCUGAGCAAGAGCUGUGCUUUAUGCACCGAGUCAAGAGCAAAACAGCUCAGGGGCCCUUCCCCUCACUUCAGUACUGGCCUGUACCCUACUUCAGUGGGGCUGGGCACGUUGGUGGUUAACUACACUAACUUGGGUCUUUCAGUUAAACUUUAAGAUAGAGUUAAAUACUCUAAGAGCGUUUUCAGGACUAAGCAGGGAGACAGAAAAUUUUGUUCCUUUAGGAAUACAGAAUCAAUGCACUUUUGUUUUUUGUGUUAAAUGUCAGUCUGCUAAAAGAUAGAGCUCCAUCACAUUUUAUAUAACUAUGUGUAUGUCAUUUCAGUGUAAAAUGUUUUCUUCUACCCAAGUAGCAUACCAUGAGUAUCAUGAACCAAUGAUCUGUAUAGUUCCAUUAUAUAAAAGCCACUGCUGUCAUUCCACCAGGUGCUUGUCAAAGAUGGGCUGUUGAACUAUAAAAAUGACAAAAUUGUUAAUUUAUUAGUCAGUCCUCAUCUUAUUUCAAACAUGUCAAAAUCUUUUUGCCUAGGGUCAGUAUUGUAGUUAUGGUAGGAUAUAAGCUCAAAUUUGGAAAUUCAGAAAAUUACAAAUCACAAGAAAUUUUGACUGUCUCUUCGAGCUUUGUUUUGGUUCUAUAGCUGGGAAUCUAUUUCCUUUGCCAUAAAUAAAUAGACUUAAUAAGCUGUGGCAUCUUGAGCUUCCAACCCCACAUUGCUCCAAUGACUGUGAGGUCCUUGGAUAAAAUGUGAUGAUAUAUGCAAGUUCAUUGUGUUGUUACUAAUACUGUAAGAGUAUAAUAGAUGUUCAUCUACGCAUGUUUUUGAUCUUAUUGGAUCCAAUAAAGAAACCUCAAUUUUAUCCCAUUGGGGGGGAGGGUGUCAAAAUUUAUAUUCAAUGCACUUUAGAAUCAAUGGUGUCUAAAUGCCUCAGUCAGUGCCUAAUUGCACACACACACACAUCAAAACUUCUUUCUUUAAUCUACAGUAAUAAAUAUUGUUGAUAUUUCUGUUAUUUAAAUACAUCUUUAGUUUUCUUGUUCAUGUUCUGCUCUAGUUUCCAGCCAAUAAAGAUAUGUUAAGAUGGUGGGAAAUAUAAUUCUAACAGGCUUUUUAAAUCAACUUCCAGUAAUACUAAAACUAUUAUCUUUAACUGGUAAAUGAUAGACUAUAACUUUUGAAAUUAGAAGAUAUCCUCUUAAAGUUUGUUGUGAUCAGUGCAACAAAAAUCAGCUUAUUUUACUCAAUAUCGCAGAAAAGCCAGGAAAGAGCAACCCACAGAUCCCAGAUAUGCCCUCAGCCUGAUUAAUUAUGCAGAAAUAAAGCCUACAUUCUAAUUGCAAGGUAAGGAACAACUCUGUAUUGCCAGAACACCCAGAUAGAAGCAUUAGUAUCUUAAAAUGUAGUGCCAAUUUCUUCACUGACUUUUUUAUUCACUGAAGUUGUGCAAAUAUAUAUUUCCAUGGGCAUUUCAUAAAAAAUAUUCAUUUUGAAAAGAAAUAUAAUGUGGCCUUAAAUGCUUUGUAUUUUCCCCUUAGUUAGCCCUUUUGCCAAAAAUAGUUAUUCAAUUACUGAUAUAAAUAAAACAGUUAUUGUGGAUACUGAUUGCAAAGUUCCAAAAGACAAAAUGGCAUGAAAUCACAAGCUUAAUGUUUUUCACUAAAACAGGUUGUCCUUGGCCUAUUCCUUGGAUAUUUUAAGUGGAUAAUAUUCUUGAUCAAUAUUAGAGCCAUAAAAAUGAAUCCAGUAGCUAUAGGUUACUGUAGGUAAGAUGCCUCUAGCUUAGCAGGAUCAUAUUUGAUCUAGAUGAAAUUACAGUGUUAUCCAUGGCAAAGAAGAGGAUUAAUCACUCACCAAAGACUGAACAAGAAAUCUGUAACUUAUAGUGAAAUUGCAUUUUAGUUUGCACAUAAGUAGAUGAUUGGAUGUUCUGUUAUUCUAAUUCACAUUUCAAUGAGGUCUGCAUUCUAGGACUUAGAACUAGCAAUUCCUAUGCAAAUUUUGUUUCUUAAUUGAACAAUGAAAGUUUUUCAUUACAUCCAUUUGUUUGAUAACAUAUUCCAUGUUUUAAUUCAAAAUAA